AUGAAAGUCAAAUUAGCUAGUCAACUUUUGAGUCAAUCUGUGGCAGAUGCUUUAAAGUUCUGCAAGUACAAUUUAGGACUUAAAGAUUUCGAAAAUGUUGAUGGAACGGUAAAAUUCAUUGAAAUGUUUAAUGCUGGUUUUGACAUUCUUAACUCUAGGUCAAUCAGAUGCUUUGAGAACAAAAAAGCCAUUUGUGAUGACAAUAUUGAGCAGAUAAUUGCAUUUACGGAUUUGAUGACCAACUAUAUUAAAGGGCUAAAAGUUAAGGAAAAAGAAAUGUUUGUACCUAUACUUGACUCAAACAGGCGAACUGGAUUUUUUGGAUUUAUUGUAUGUUUAAAUUCAGCAUUAUCAUUGUAUGAAAGUUUAAUUAAACCCAAAAAAGUAGACCAUAUAAAAAUGUACAGAACAAGUCAAGACCACUUAGAACUAUUUUUUGGAUCAGUACGAGCAUUGGGAGGUUUUAAUAAUAACCCUACAUCCCGUCAAUUUCAAUCCGCUUACAAAAAACUAGUUGUCCAUUCAACUAACAUUGAAAACUUCAACACAGGCAAUUGUAUCCCUCUAGAAAAUAUAGACAUAUUACACUAUUCGAGUUCUGAUCCUAUAAAAACAAUCAAUAUUAAUACAAUUAACCAUAACAUUGAUUCAAUUUCCCGGGAAGAAAAUGUCCAAGAAGUUGAUUCAUAUAUAAACGAUCAUGACUAUAUAUUCACUCAAAAUAUAACAUCUAAUUUCUCUAAAGAAGUUACUAUUUAUAUUGCCGGGUUUGUUGUACAUAAGUUAUCUUCAACAAUUAACUGUGAAACUUGUUUACAUUCAUUGUGUUCUAACAACAAAGAAUUAUUAUUCAACUCCCUUAUUCAUCUUAAAAAUAGUGGAGGUGAUAAAGGAGGUCUAAUUUAUCCGAGCGACGACGUCAUAAUUAUUUGUUUACAAACUGAAAAAAUUCUUAAAUCUUACAACUUUGAAAACCAAAAAAUCAAUUCAUUAUAUCUACAAUCUAAAGUUCUUUAUCAUUUUUAUAACUCAAACAUAUUUAAUUCAUUAAAAUCCCAUAGUUCAGAAAGUAAUAGUCCUCUAUCAGACCAUGUAACUCUGUUAAUAAAAUCAAUUUCAUCAACAUACAUUAAACUUAAAGUUAAUUAUAAUUUAAAAUCUCAUAACGAAACCACAUCUCUUAGAAUGUGGUACAACAAAUUGACACUUUUUAAAGGACAGUAA